AUUCUUUCAAAGAUGUCGUAAUCCAAGAACGUAGUCCACAAUGACAAUGAUAUAAUUCAUUAAAAUUUAUAUUUUAUAUUGAAGCAUAUAUUUUGAUCCAAAAACAUUACAAAAAUUAAUCCCAUAAGUCAAACUAAAAAAUGUUCUGGUUCAUUCCAGAAGUAGUCUGACCUCAAAUCGAUUUUUGAAGCCCUACAACAAACUCCCAUUUUCUCAAAAACUUCCAUCGAUCUAUUUCUAUAGCACCAAACCAAUGCAGAACCCAAUCACUCGCAGUUUGAACAAGCUUUGGAACGGGGUAGGAGCAACUGUAGCAAGCCGGAGUAUAAUAAAUCAUCAAUGGCGGUCGUACAGUGUAAUCCCCAUGGUGAUAGAGCAUUCAUCACGAGGAGAGAGAGCCUACGACAUCUUCUCUCGACUCCUUAAAGAAAGGAUUAUCUGUAUCAACGGCCCAAUUUCCGAUGACACAUCACACGUCGUCGUAGCUCAGCUUCUCUACCUCGAAUCCGAAAACCCUUCUAAACCCAUCAACAUGUACCUCAACUCCCCCGGCGGAGCCGUCACGGCAGGUCUUGCAAUAUACGAUACAAUGCAAUACAUUCGAUCUCCGAUCAAUACAAUAUGUUUAGGCCAAGCUGCAUCAAUGGCUUCUUUGCUGUUGGCUGCUGGUGCAAAGGGUGAAAGGCGAUCUCUUCCUAAUGCCACCAUCAUGAUUCAUCAACCUUCCGGUGGAUACAGCGGGCAGGCUAAAGACAUGACCAUUCACACGAAGCAGAUUAUUAGGGUUUGGGAGUCUUUGAAUGGGCUUUAUGCAAAGCAUACUGGACAAAAUGUUGAUGUGAUUCAGAAGAAUAUGGAUAGGGAUUGUUUUAUGACUCCUGAAGAGGCAAAAGAGUUUGGGAUUAUAGAUGAAGUGAUGGAUGAGAGGCCCUUGACUUUGGUUACUGAUGCUGUUGGAAAGGAGUAAAAUUGGAUUGAAUCGAAUGCAGGAAGUGGAUUUCUUUGAAUGGUUCUUGAAUCUUGAGUUUCACAUGAUUAUACAAUACAAAAAAAGGAAAAAUGAGUAUCGAGUGUAAGACAAUUAGGCUGUUUAACAUUAAACUUUCAUUUGUUUUAUGGCUUAAACGACCCAAUAACUAUCAUCUUUGAUUGUCGUCAAUGUCUCUACUCUCUAGCAAAUGAAAUGGUCAUUGUUGCUCUUUCAAGUUUCAUUUCAUACUCAUGUUUAUAUCCCACAUACCAAAGCAUAUACACUAGAUUUAUCUACCCAAUCUUACAUUAAAUCUGCAAAAUCCUUCAAAUACCGAGAAGACAUGGAUGAAAAAUUACAUGCCAAUUGUUCCACUACCAAAUGAUAGUAAAACACUUGGGUGUUUAAUAUCAAAAGAAAAUAU